GUUUAGUAACUAACUUCAAACUUGAUCAUUAAAUUUCAGAGAUGAGGAGAUUUUUGGUUAAUUAAGUUACCGAUCAGUUCUCUGUGCAUAGGAUCAUGGCAGAGCUUGGUGAUAAACAAUUCUCUGUGCUUAUUGAUGAAUCACGUGAUAUAUCUGUGAAAGAGCAAAUGGCGGUGAUGUUGAGGUUUUUGAAUGACAAAGGAAAGGUUGUGGAACGAUUUAUUGCUCUUCACCAUGUCAAAGAUACUACAUCUGAGUCACUAAAGAAUGCUCUUUAUGGUAUUCUUGAUCAUUAUAAGUUAUCUAUUUCAAGGAUACGAGGGCAAGGAUAUGAUGGUGCUUCAAAUAUGAGAGGCGAGUUUAAUGGUUUGCAGAAAAAGAUCAUAGAUGAAAACCCUUUUGCUUUCUAUGUUCAUUUCUAUGCUCAUCGUUUGCAGUUGGUGGUUGUCUCUGUUGCUAGUAGUUGCUCAUCUAUUCAUGAUUUCUUUGAGUACAUCUCCUUAAUUGUGACCACAACAACUACAUCUUGCAAGAGAAGGGAUGCAUUGACAGAGGCACAACACCAAGAUAUUCUGGAUAGACUUGAGAGUGGUGAGAUAUCUACAGGAAGGGGAUUGCACCAAUCAUCUACUCUUGCUAGGCCAGGUGACACUAGAUGGGGUUACCAUCAUACUACUUUGCUUCGUUUGAAUCAAAUGUGGUCCUCUGUGUUACAUGUACUUAGUACGGUUGAUGAACAUGGACGUGGGCCAUCUCAAGCAGCAGGUUUGAUAGAAAAAAUGGAGAGCUUUAAAUUUGCUUUCAUUCUAAAGCUUAUGUUGAAGUUGUUUGGCAUCACAAAUGAGGUCUCAAAAGUCUUGCAAAGAAAAGAUCUUAAUAUUGUGCUUGCCAUGGAAUUAGUGGAUGAUGUCAAACCUCGGCUGGCAACAUUAAGAGAGAGUGGUUGGGAUGAUUUAUUUUGUGAUGUUCAAGAAUUUUGUGCUGCUAAUAGUAUUCCAGUGCCAAACAUGGAUGAAGCAAUACCAGUUCGUGGUCACUCAAGGAGAGCAGGGAAGACUAUCACUAAUCUUCACCAUUACUGUGCAGAGAUUUUUUAUGUUGCUAUUGACAAAAUAUGCGUGGAGGUGGACCACCGCUUUAGUGAAGGAGCUAAUGGUGUGCUUGAUUGCUUCUCAUGUCUUGACCCCAAUAAUUCUUUCUCAAAGUUUAAUGUUGACAAGCUUGCACAUCUUACUGAAAUUUAUCAUGAUGACUUUUCCAAUGAUGACCGUGGAACAAUAAGAGAGCAGCUUCUCACUUAUAUAAGUCAAGUGAAAAGGCAUGCUUCUUUUUCUACUUGUGAUGGUGUUCAAAGUUUGGCCAUGAAGAUGGUUGAAACUGAGAAACAUUUGGUAUUUCCAUUGGUAUACAAACUUAUUGAGUUGGCUUUGAUAUUGCCGGUGUCAACGGCAUCUGUUGAGAGAGCUUUUUCAGCAAUGAAGAUUAUCAAGACUAAACUGCGUAGCAAGAUCAAUAAUGAAUGGUUCAAUGACUUGAUGAUAUGUUACACCGAGCGGGAGUUAUUCAAGUCAGUUGAUGAUAAGGAUAUUAUUCGAACAUUUACUGCAAUGCGGUCUUGGAAAGGGCAUUUGCCUCGUAAUUUUCUUUAGUGCACUGUCGGUAUGUUCCUUCCAACCAUCUCUAUUCUUGCAAGCUUUCGACUUCUCAUCUCACAACUAAACUUAUUUAAUUAAAAAUUCAUUUUUUGUAUUGCAGUUCUUGUAGGCUGAUUGUAUGUCUUUCUGUUGGCAAAAAAUGAACAAGUGAGAGAUGCUUUUGACCGUGCUGGAAGAAAUUGCACGGUCACAUGUAGUGACAUAUGUAUGUAUAUAUAGCUUUACUUUUGUUGGCAACAUGGCGAGUUGGUAUCUAUGCAUGGUUGGCUAUGUAUCUUUUGUUGUCAUGUACCAACUUUAUUUGGUCUAUGAAGCGGAUAUUGAAUAUUAGCUCACUUUAAAUGAAAUUUUGUGUGACUAUUAUGGUUAUGUUUUCACUUCAUUGUUAGAGCGGAUUUGUGAAUCCGAAGCUUGAUGGUAUAUUACAUGUUGUGUAUUCGAAUACCCGACUUGAUUUCUAAAUUAUAUGCUUAGACUUAAACUUGCCCAGGCUCCACAAAAGUUCUGGCUCCGCCACUGCUCUUGCCUGCAUAUCUCAGCUCGCCAAUGACCAGCCUAUGUGUAUGCAGUAAAAAGGAAAGGUGAUGCAGUUGAACAGCUAAGAAAAACUCUUCUAAGUAAACAGCAUAUGCGUGGGCUUGCUCCUGACAAUACAAAAUUGGCAUAAAAAUGACUUGGCACUUUGUCAAAGUUGUGCUUUGAGCCGCCCACACAGAAGCCCAGUCUUCAUUUGAUAGGGAAAAAAAAAAGCAUCGCCCCAAAAAAUAAGUAAACACGAGUAACGGAUCUGUUCGUCUACCUCUCCUACCUCCGCUCUUGCAAAAUUUAGACCUGAUUGUAAGCAAAA